AUGGGCCAGAGUGUAUCUGUCCCCAAACCAAGCACUGAGCUCCAAGUCGUCGGAGCAGGCCUCCCACGCACCGGAACAUCCUCAUUCAAUGCCGCUCUAGAAAUUCUUCUCGACGGCCCCUCCUACCAUGGGGGAACGCAAAUCUCAAUGGGAUCACCAAUCGAGAUCCAAUCAUGGAUGAAAAUCCUACGAUACUGGAACAAUGGAGAUCCCAAGGACCGAACAGCUAUGAAAGACCUGCUACGACACCGAUUGGAUGGUUAUAGUGCAGUCACCGACGCACCUGCUGCACAGCUAGUCCCUGAACUUUUGGAGAUCUACCCCGACGCGAGGGUGAUCUGCACCGUUCGAGACCCGGAAGCGUGGACGAAGAGUUUGGCCCAAAUUCGGGGUCUUGCUCUGAUGUGGUUUCUUCGCGCCGUUUUACUCCCUCUUCCAGGAAUGCGACACUUUCCAGGUUAUGCCGAUCUCCUAUCUGUUCAAUGGGAGAAACUCUACUUUACCAAGCCCCAUGACCAUGGCGUGGACACGUAUAAUCGCCAUAUUGCCUGGCUUAAGAAGAACGUUCCUGAGGAUCGUCUGUUCUUCGUUAAUGUCAAGGACGGGUGGGAGCCCCUUUGUAAGGUUCUUGGAAGGGAAGUUCCUAAUGAUAUUCCAUUCCCAAAAUUUAACGACUCCCAAGCGAUUGAAGAAACCGCCAAGUAUUACGUUCAGCGUGGGCUCGUCCGUUGGGCUGGAAUCAUCGGGGCUUUCUCUAUCCUGGUCGGUGCUUAUGUAUAUAACAGCUAG